AUGGAGGCCUCCGCAUCCCCAGGACCGCCGAAGCACCGCAUCCCCGGCCUCCCCAAUCCGGUCAUAGCGGUAACACAGCAAAAAUGGAUAUUUUCCGAUGAUGAGCUCGAGCGCACCCCGUCGCGGAUCGACAAGAUCGAUCGCGAGAAGGAGGAUUAUAUCCGGCAUCGCGCUGUCGAGUUUAUCUGGCAGGUCAGCAUGAUGCUGAAGAUGCCGCCGCAGACGUCUAUGACGGCGACUGUGUUCCUGCACCGCUUUCUUAUGCGAUACUCCUUGCGCGGACAAUACCCCGAGGUGGGCGCGGACCUCAUGCAUCCCAAGGUCAUCGCGGCGGUCUCGCUGUUCGUGGCGUUCAAGGUGGACGAGACGAUGCGCCGUAUGAAGGACUUCGUCGUCGCUUGCUGCCGUGUCGCUAUGAAACAGCCUGAUCUGGUGGUGGAUGAGCAGUCGAAGGAUUACUGGAAGUGGCGCGAUCUGAUCCUCCAGAAUGAGAGUGUCAUGCUGGAAUUCCUCUGUUUUGAUUUACAGCUCGAGUCGCCGUACCGCAUCCUUUGGGAUUACUCCCUCUUCCUCGGCGUGGGUGACAACAGACCCCUCCGCCACUCCGCAUAUGCCUUCCUAAACGACUCCACCUACACCGUACUCUGCCUGCAAUUCCAGCCUCGCGUCAUCGCCGCAGCGGCCCUCUACGCCGCAGCUCGUCAUUGCCAGAUCGCCUUCCCAGACGACUCGGAAGGACGGCCGUGGUGGGAACAGUUAGACGUCAAAGUGGACGAGCUCAUCCGCGCCUGCAAACUGAUCGUCAUAAUCUACGAACGUGUCCAGCAAAACCUCAGCAAGGGCUACCCAGAUUUUGCCUUCUCAGACGCAGACCCCAACGACCCAACCCGCCUCUUCAAUAAUAAUCCCAUCGCCGACCCAGUUUCCACCCCGACCCUCAGUACACCAGGCGACUCGGCCGCAUUAAACGGGCGCAAACGCUCGCGCGAGCCGGACUCCCAAUCCAUCGAACACAACCAACCAACACAAACACCAACCACACAACCAUCCUCCUCCUCACUAAACGGGGAGCGCUCACCAAAACGCCAGCGCACCAUUUCACCUCAUCCUGCAGCAUUUCCAACAGCCUCGCCUUCGUCAUCAACAUCUCGCCCGCGCAUUCCCCUGCGCGCAUUAGAAGCAGUCCGACAAUCUAAAACAACGGAUCGUCUCUCCCGCGAGAAUCAAGACCAGACCAACACAAACACAAACACAAACGCUCAGACAUCCUCUACACAGAAUCCUCAAAAAGAGGAAACAAGCCCGGAAGAAGGCGAGGUCUCAGAUGACAAGGGCGUUGAUCCGAGUAUCGUUCCACCAGAAUCCAAAGCAACGGACCUACCACUGUCCGCACCAAGAGGGAAUGUUAAUGACGAAGGGGGUGGAAGCGAAGAAGGUGAAAUCUGA